AUGACACUGCUCACGGCUGAAAAUGUUUGCGGCGGUGCUUGUAUUUCUCCACUACAACAAUAACAGUAACAGUAACAGUCCUAAUAAUCUUCUGUCGUGAGGAACUGAUAUCUUGCCAGUAUGGCGUCUUUAGCAGUUGACGAGAAUAUCUGUAAUAAAGACGCAUUCAGUCGUAAUCAAAGUGGUGACUCUGAUUAUAAGGUAACAGACGCGUGCAACCAGCAGAGUGAUUCUAGUGCGUCUCGAUCAAAUACUCGUUCGCCGGCUUCAACUGCUCUCGUGUCGGAGUCACUUGCAAAACGGAAAAUUGGACUAGACACGACGGACUACACCGUUAUCACUGAAGGGAAAGCGGAACUGCUGUUUACAAAAGGCACUAAAAACUUUCUAAAUGUCGAUGUUACUGCUAGCCCGGCUUUCAACCAAGUGCGAGCGUUCGGUCGGGAUUUUACAAUUGCUGUAAUCAAGCAAUUUUCCUGGAAAAAUUUCGAGAGAAAGAAGGCGCAAAGUUACACUUCGGAUAAUGACUUUGUACCUGGAGAGUACUGGGAGGAUGGUAUUACUAUCUUCGGCGGUCACUCGGCGUCGGGUCUCCGCUCAAUCAGAUACGCUUUGGAGGUUCCCGGCAUCCGACAAGUGCUGUUGAACGAUUCCAGCGAUGUCGGUCGUGAGACGGUGGAUGACAUCCGACUCAAUGUACGACACAACAGUGUGGAGCACCUUGUCCAGUACAGUCAGUCAGAUCCCAGGUCUGUUGUGUGUCACUUUCACAGAUACAGCUCUAUUGUGUGGUAA